CCCACUCCACAAGCGGUUGAUACCGCUAGCUUAUUGCUGCAAGUGACAAAUAUUGUCGCUUCAUUGACCCAGCAGUUGAAUGCGGCGCAGACUAGCCCGCAUUCUACUUUUCCCCCACGGCUCCACCCGAGUAUGACAAUUCCGACGUACUCGGGGUACUCUGAUAGAAAGUCGGUAGCCGACUUCCUAUUGGAGAUGGAGACCUAUCAGGUUGCAUCUAGAGCGUCCGACGAGGUAGUGCUAGGGCAGGUCUUGCCAGUAGCUCUAGUGGGGGACGCCGCUCGAUGGCGAAGGCUGCAGAAGCCUUUCACCUCGAUGGCGGACUUCCGGCAGCGUUUUAGGGAGGAAUUUUUGCCACCCGACUACGCAAUGCGUGUGCGCGAAGAGUUAGCUUUUCGCACACAGCACGCCGACGAGAGUCUCAUUGAAUUUGUGCGCGCAAUUCAGGAGCUCUACGAUAGGGCCGACCCGACGGCCACAGAUCAGGAUAAGGUUUCGCGUGUUAUACGGCAGAGCCAUCCUAGCUUCCGUCCGUAUCUACGGGGGCGAAAUUUCGAGAAUCUUGAUGCGCUUGCACGAGAGGCUCGUGUGAUUCAGGCUGAUCUAUUGUCUGAAUUGCGGUACCAACCUCCACCGCGCCCGGAACUAUCAGUUGAGCCGGGUUGCGCUUGGGCGGGUGUGAAGGACUCCGUUCCACGGGGAAGGGAAGCGACGUCCUUGGUUGCGGACGCGGGAAGCCGGUCGGACGUCAUCGUCCCGCCGCGCUCCCUGGAUCCUUUCUCCUUUGAACAGAGGCGCCGUGCGGGGUUUGGCGAAAACUCACGCGGCGGUCCGAGGAGUGGAACAUCCACUGCUCGGAGGGUUCAGGAUAGGCAGAACCAGGUAGAGAGGGACCCCAGUAGCAGAAUGCCACAGGCGGACCGCGGGCGGGCGCAGCCCAGAUGCUAUGGCUGUAAUCAACCAGGGCAUUACAAGCGUGACUGUCCUGUGCGUCGGGGAAAUUUCCGCUCGGCGCAGGGAAACUAGUAACGCCGGCGGCGGCAGUUGGGGUUAGCCCUAAUCCGUCGUCGGCAGUCAGAGAGAGCUCGGGGCGUGUGUUUCAUACCUCGCCGCAGUCUUUUGCCGAGGAUGGAUCAGUUUUCGCCCCAAUAGCUUGUAGAGUUCAGGAGUCUGCUCCUGUGUUCGGUCCGUACAUAGGCGUAACAAUAGCUGGGAAAGAGUACAUUGGCCUGGUGGAUACCGGUGCCACGCUCUCGCUAAUCGGAGACGCCGUGUACGCGCACUGUCGUGAACGAAAUGUCCGCGUCAGGAAGGUUGAUAUCCCAUUGCGGUUAGCAUCGGGAAUGUCCAGUGCUACAGGCGCAGUGAGACUUACAAUGCGCUUUAACGGGGGACGGUGCAGACAACGGUUCAUUUACCUGUCAGGGCUGUCAAUCCCAGUUAUUUUGGGACGAGAUUUCAUUGUCCGAGAGGGAUUGAUUCUCGAUUUAAAGGCAAACGGAUAUCGGUGUGGGGGACCGCUAAGCCCACUGAUUCCUUUCGCCUCUCCUUCACCGACUGGCCGUUUAACCAGUCGUGUGGAUACCCACUCGUCAGAAACUAAGCUUGUGCAAACUGUGGGGAGAAUACCACAGGAUAUCGAGCGGGUGGUAGCGUCUUUCGGGGGCAGAGGAGUUGAGCGCGCCAG